AUUUCAGCCGUGGCUGUGUUGCAAGCGGGAGGAGAGAAACAAGCCGCCGCUGCGAGCCUCCCGGUAUCGUUAGUUAGCUGCUCUCACAUUUACGAGCGGCAAUUAAUUUAUGAGAUUCGCAGCUCGGAGCUAUAGGAGGAGCCCGUUAACGUUGACGCACAGAUUAUUUUCCGUCCGAGCUUGUCACUGAUAUUUCCUACGGAGCAUCAUCGCCGCUGGUCAAGGCAGUAGGAGAGGGAGGAGUGCGAGCGCAGCAUCUUAAAGGACUGCAGCAUCCCUCAGGUGAUGGAGGCUUUGUGACACAGCGCGGACGCCGACUGGGAUCUCCACGGCGAUGGAUGCGGCCAGCGUCAACCAUGUCUGCGUUGAAUUAUGCUGCCCAAUCCAGAUUGUUUGCCCGUGAUCUGAUGAGGAGUAAGAGACUACCAGUCAGUCCGUGAGCCUCGUGAUUUUUUUUCCUUUUCCCGGGGAUUCAUCCCAACCUGCCGUUCCCUGCGUCUCUCGUCCCCCGCGCUCACCAGCCAUGGGUCUCCUGUGGGCGCUUUCCGUGUCCAUGCUGACUGCCUGCGUCGCCAUCCCGAUGGACGCGGCGGCGGGGAGCCACAGUCUGUUCACCUGCGAGCCCAUCACCCUGCGCAUGUGCCAAGGGCUGCCCUACAACUCCACUUUCAUGCCCAACGUACUGAACCACUACGACCAGCAGACGGCCGCCCUCGCCAUGGAGCCGUUCCAUCCCAUGGUCAACCUGCAGUGCUCUCCAGAUCUCAGGAUGUUCCUCUGUGCCCUCUACGCACCAGUCUGUACUGAGUACGGCCGGAUGACUCUGCCCUGCCGCCGCCUCUGUCUGCAGGCCAAGAGCGACUGCUACAAACUAAUGGAUAUGUUUGGUGUCAGCUGGCCAGAGGAGAUGGACUGCAACAGGUUCCCAGACUGUGAUGAGCCCUACCCCCGUCCCGCAGACCUCCUGUCCAGCUCAGACACAACCGAGUCGCCCAUCUCCGUCCAGAGAGACUACGGUUUCUGGUGUCCCCGUGAACUCAAAAUCAACCCUGAGCUCGGGUACUCCUUCAUGGGGGUUCGUGACUGCUCUCCCCCAUGUCCCAACAUGUAUUUCACCCGUGAAGAGCUAACAUUCGCCCGUUACUUCAUUGGGGUGGUGUCCAUCGUCUGCCUGUCCGCCACACUCUUCACCUUCCUCACGUUCCUCAUUGAUGUGUCACGAUUCCGCUACCCAGAGCGACCAAUUAUAUUUUACGCAGUGUGCUACAUGAUGGUGUCCUUGGUCUUCUUCCUGGGGUUUCUGCUGGAGGACAAAGUUUCCUGUAAUGCAGCAAGUCCUGGGAGGUUCAGAGCUUCAACAGUGACUCAGGGCUCCCACAAUAAGGCCUGCACUCUUCUCUUCAUGGUGCUGUACUUCUUCACCAUGGCUGGCAGUGUUUGGUGGGUCAUUUUGACCAUCACCUGGUUUCUGGCAGCAGUUCCAAAGUGGGGCAGCGAGGCUAUAGAGAAGAAGGCCCUCCUCUUUCACGCCUGUGCCUGGGGUAUCCCCGGUGUCCUCACUGUCACUCUGCUCGCCAUGAACAAGAUCGAGGGAGACGGCAUCAGUGGUGUUUGCUUUGUGGGGCUCUACAACUUGACGGCGCUGCGUUGGUUCCUGUUGGCCCCUCUAGGACUGGAUGUAGUGGUGGGCGUGGCACUGCUGCUGGCAGGUAUCGCUGCACUUAACCGGGUCCGAAUGGAGAUCCCUCUGGAGAAGGAGAACCAGGAGAAACUGGUGAAGUUCAUGAUUCGUAUCGGGGUGUUCUCCGUGCUCUACCUGGUUCCUCUGCUCACCGUCCUGGCCUGCUACCUUUAUGAGAACAGCUACAGAGCCAUCUGGGAGACGACCUGGGUGCAGGAAAAGUGUAGAGACUACCACAUCCCCUGCCCUUAUCAGGUGGAGCGUACGAGCCGCCCAGACCUGGUCCUGUUCCUCAUCAAGUACCUGAUGAUGCUGGUUGUAGGGAUCCCCUCUGUGUUCUGGGUGGGCAGUAAGAAGACCUGCUUCGAGUGGGCCAGUUUCUUCCAUGGAAAGAGACGCAAAGAUGGGAUGGUCAACGACAGCCGACAGGUGCUCCAGGAGCCCGACUUCGCCCAGCUGUUCAGGGACCCCAACACGCCCAUCGUGAGGAAGUCCCGGGGCACGUCCACCCAGGGGACCUCCACCCACGCCUCCUCCACUCACCUGGCCAUGCUGGACGAGCCACCCAGCGCCAGCACCAGCCGGGCCGGCUCAGUGCGCAGCGCACGCUCCAAGAUGAGCAGUUACCACGGCAGCCUGCACCGCUCCAGAGACGGCAGGUACACGGCCUCCAGCUUCAGGGCGACAGACGAGCGGCUGCCCUAUGGGAGCAUGCCUCGCCUCAACGACCAGUCACAGUCCAGACACUGCAGCACCAAUCGCCUCGACAGCCUGUCACGGCACGGCUCCACCCAACGACUGGAGACUCAGUCACGACACAGCAGCAUCAGAGACCUGAGCAGCGGCACGCAGGCUGUUCUCAGCGUCCCUGGAAAUGGGAUUCACAGGGUGCUGGAGGAGGACGGAGCCACAGCCUGAACUCUGUCUGCUGUAUGGGACGCUCAGCCUGGAACAAGACUGGAGUUUCUUUAUGGAGAAGGUUGAAGAAUGUGUGAGGAUCCAGACAGAGUCUGACAGCACGCUGAGUGGGAUCCAGCUCUGUUUAGACUCAGGCUCAGAGCUUAAGGACAAACAUUGCUAGAGUUUUUAAAUGGAGUGAAUUUGGAUCCUGGCCUUAAAAUGUCCUCAAGUUUUCCUGACCAACCAGCUGAUCCCAAAAACUGAAUCUAGUCCAGUUUACACAACCACCAUGGUCCUGGAGGUGUCAUGGAUGCUAACAGAGUAGAUGAAGACGAGGCUUCACUGUUGGACCUAAACGUCUGUGCCAGUCAAGAACAAACUGACCAACACCGACAGACUGGACUGAUUUUAGUUGGUUCUGUUCUUUGUAUAAAGGGCUGAACAGGAUUUGAUUGAUGAACAUCAGACAUUAGAAGCUUUGUCCUCUAGUUUGUGCUUCUUAGCACUCAGGAGGGGAUUCACUGCCAACACUUGAACUAUUACUUUUUUCACUUCAGAUGUCCACAUUGUUAAAUUAGAUCAUUAUCUUCUCCAACAAAUAAGACAGAAUUUGUUUCUUGUUCAAAUGUUCCAAGCUGUUCUUAAUAUCAAGGUACCUCAUAAGAGGCUGAAUUACAGGUAAAAGAGCUGCAUCAAACUCUGCCUUACGACUGUGUUCAGGCAGAAUGGAAAGAGAAGUAAAGACUGUGGAAAUUCCCCAAGAAGGUGACACAAAAUGUAGCAUGGAAAAACAUUUCUGGUAGUUUAAGCAGAUCAAACAGGUGGGCUUUAUGAAUCAAAGAGACAAGGGAUGGAAGACCUGUUAGAGAGCAGAGUAAAGAGACUAAAUGUGACUUUGCUUUCUGUCUGAACACGUCUCUACAGUUUGAACAGAUGAUAGUGAGCCCUUCACUUAGAUCCAGAGUAGUGUCUUUACAUGUAGCUGCUGGAAAUGUUAGAGCAGCUUUUCCUCUUAGUGGCAACACGUGUUCAUAGAUGUAAAAAGCCUCUGUUGUUCAUUUGUAAUAAAGUUUUUUUUAAAGAA